AUGGGACUGCGGGAAAGACGCGAAAUAUACAUAACCGUUAUAUUGAUUUCAUAUGGAAUAGCUGAUGUUAACACAAGCCUGCCAAUUGAUUUAACUUCUGAAGAGAAAGCGCCACAACAAACAACACUACCUUUCGCAUCGACAACGCCCUUGCCUACCACUGUUAACAUUUCUACCUCCACAUAUGCGACAGUCAUACCACCGAUACCACCCAGCGAUAGAGACAGAUUCCUUACAUUUGCUGAAUCUGGCCACCAUCAAACUUUUAUGUUCGCAAAAGACAAUACAUUCAUACAACUCGAUGGAGAUAUCAUACAAAGGUUUCAAUUAAGAUUGUGCCGAGAAAUAUCGUUUAAGUUUAGAACAAGACUUCCUCAUGGUCUUUUAGUUUAUCAUAACGUCAAGAAUCCGGUUUUCAAAAUGCAACCAUAUGCGUUGUACGUUAUCGUGGAAAAGGGAGAACUUAAAGUGGUUCAUGUAUUUGGUAAGCAUCUAACAUCAGUCACAGUUGGUAGAGGACUCAACAGAGAUAAUUGGCAUAGUGUAGUCGUUACUAUAGACGUCCACGGCGCAAGACUCAUUGCUAAAGUUGAUCAACUAAAAGAAGAAGUUUAUUUAAAGGGCUUAAGCUUUGAUACUAAUUAUGGAAUAACAGACAAUCUAACAUCAGUCAUUCUCAUUGGAGGUCUCAGUUCAGAAGAAAAACUUCAUGGAGUAAAGUAUAUCAUAGAAUCAUUUGUUGGUUGCAUCAGUGAUAUGGUCCUAAGUUCGGGGAAAGCCGCGUCUGAUCUCUUACCAAUAGUUCCCUUAAUAGCCACUAAACAUGAAAACGUUAAAGAAGGUUGUAUUGAUAAAUGCAAAACGAUGGAGAACCUUUGCUUCGAAGGUUCUAGAUGUAUUAAUGAAUACAACGGCUAUCGAUGUGAUUGUUUUGGAACUCUGUAUGAAGAACAGCUUUGUGAUGUUUACACGGCCACAAUCCUAACACUGCGCGGCUCAAGCUACGUGUCGUAUCGCGUGUACGAUUGGAAGGACCGCGUGCACUCCACCAACACGAGGGUCAGCUUGCAUUUUAAGACCCGUUUCGAUGACUCUGCUCUAUUUUACGCAAGCGGACAAAUUGACGACAAACAUCACUAUAUUGCACUAUCGAUACAUCUUGAAAGAAUAGCGAUACAAAUAGAUCUAGGUGACGGUCCAGUUGAAGACUAUUUGGGCAACAGAGUCAAUAACAACAUGUGGCACAACUUAACAGUCAUAAUACAUGAAAAAACCGUCAUAGUACAUCUCGACAAUAUAACAGCUUCGUACGAAGUUCCCGGUGACGCUAAAUUCGUCUGCAUAGACCCCGAGAUAUAUAUAUGCGGUGGACCGGAUUUGCAUAAAAUGAAAGGUCUAAAAUCGUUUAACAAUUUCGCCGGGAAUCUUAAGUACGUUUACUAUAACGAUGUAUCGAUACUUUACGAGUUGAAGCAAAACAACCCAAAGGUCCACUACAUAGGAGUCCUCGAUCCGGAAUUCGUAGAUAUCGAUAUUGAAGUGAUACCUAUCACGUAUCCUUUCGCCACGUCCCAUAUUUGGUGGCCUUUAAACGAAACGAACAGCAUCAAUUUGAUUUUCGACUUUAAAACGAGCAAGAAUAUGGCCGUUUUGGCUUACAGUCAGAUCACAUCGGGACAAGGCUACUGGGAGGUAAGAAUGGUUAAGGAGGAGAUAAGAUUCGAAUUGGUACCAGAUGUUGGUAAAAACGUAACGGUAUUGAAGUCGGUAAAAUUUAAUGAGAGCAAUGAUUGGCACACCGUCGAACUAGACUACAAGAAGGGAAGAAUCAAAUUGACCGUCGACUAUCACAACAAACAUGCUCAAAUGUUCGGGUUGGAUUUUCAGCUUCAGGAUAAAAUCGUUAUAGGAAGCGGAUUGAAGUCGGCUAACUUGGGUUUGAUCGGAUGUAUGAGGAAUAUAAAGAUCAACGGCAAUUUGAUCGAGCCGAGAUACGUAAUAAACACGGAGCGCGUUGUAGGCGAAGUAGCCAUAGACGACUGUCGUUACGUCGACCCCUGCACCAGACCGAACACUUGCGAACACGGCGGCAUCUGCUCUAUUAGAGAAGAUAGAGUUAUAUGCAACUGUGAAAAUACGGGCUACAUCGGUGAAAACUGUCACUUCGCAACAUUUAGAAAGACUUGUGAAGAACUAGCACUUCUAGGUUACACUAGAAACGAUGUAUAUCUGAUAGAUAUAGACGGUAAUGGAAAGUUUCCUCCGGCACACGUUAAAUGCGAGUUUCAGAUCGAAGCCGAUUCUUCUACAACAGUUGUGGAACACAACCUUCCGAGCCAAGUGGACGUACGCUCAUCAUCCGGCCAAGACUUCAGCUUCAAGAUCAAGUACCGCGAGUUCACAGCUGAGAUGCUCCAGGAGCUGAUCUCCCACUCGCUGUUCUGCCGGCAGUUCAUCAAGUACGACUGCAACAUGGCGCCACUGGAACUACACAGCGCUACUUGGUUCAUUUCCUCCUCCAGCGAUACUGUUGACUACAUCGGGAACGUCAAGAGAGGUUACUGCCCAUGUGGAGUCAACACCACGUGCGUUAAUCCAACACAAUCCUGCAAUUGCGAUGCAAAUGAGAACAAAUGGCACUCAGACGAAGGAACCCUUGUAGACCCCAAGAGUUUGGGAAUCACUGAAAUGUUCUUCUUACAACAAAAGGAUUUAACUGAAGAAGCGCAGGGCAGAAUAACGUUGGGACCUCUAGAAUGCGUUGAGACAAACACACAGCGCUACGUGGUAACGUUUACGACGUCGCAGUCUUACAUCGAGGUACCCGGUUGGCGCAAGGGCGACAUUGCUUUCAGCUUCCGCACCACCGGCACCAGCGCCAUACUGUUAUUCCAGCCGCCCAUCAGACCCAACUACCCAUCGUUUAUGGUGGCGCUUACCAGUGAGCACGAGCUAACCUUCAACUUCACUCUAAACACGGGAACAACUCGCAAGCUUGUCAUCAACUCCAAGCGCAAGUUGAACGGCGGCGAGUGGCACAAGAUCUGGAUAGACUACAACUUCUACCACGUGCGCUUCAUGCUAAAUACUGAGUACCAGAUGCUAAACCUGCUGCUGGAGGAGGAGUUCGGGCCUUUUGAGGGUUCCAUGUUCAUCGGAGGCGCUACCGCGGAGCAUUUAAAAAAGUCCGCAGUACAUCAAGGUCUAAUCGGCUGUUUUAGAGGAUUAGUGGUUAACGGGGAGAUCCUAGAUAUAUACAGCUACAUGUCGGUCCAUCUGUCUGAAAUCAUCAAGGACUGUAAGCCCUCCUGUGUACCCAAUCCUUGCCAGAACAAGGCCACUUGUAAAGAGCUCUGGUCAACCUAUGAGUGCAUUUGUAAGAACCCUUGGGCACAUUUAGGAAAACAUUGUGAAGAAAACAUAAAUGAAAAAGCGUUAACAUUCCAAACGAAAGAAUCCUAUCUAAAGAAAAACUAUUUGGUCGACAACGAGACCGAUGCGGAAAAGAUGAGACUUAAAAAAAUGAUGACCGAAAACGUUCUAAUGAACUUGAGAACUUACGAUGACAACGCUCUAGUACUAUACGCAAACGACAACCUCAACAACUUCAUACAUCUGUUUAUACACAAUGGAACGGAAAUCAUCUAUCUGUUCAACGACGAAGAUGAAAUCAUACAGAUGAAUGUCACUUACGAGAAAAUAAACAAAGGGGAAAGUGUACAGAUUGCGAUCAUAAGAACCGAUAACUCGACCACUUUGCAUGUCAAUGAUAAAAACACUACCACCAAUAGGGUUGCUAGGCUGCUGUCAAAUUACACUAAUAAACCGUGGAAGAACCCUGAAUUAGAGGUGAUGCGACCGCAGCGCCCGCCCGCGCCGCCCACGGACUACUUCCAGCUGAACCUGGGCGGCCACGACCCCUACUCCGUGCACGCCGCGCCGCGCGCCGCCCGCGCGCCGCAGGGCGGGUACGUCGGCUGCGUGCGCGGCCUCAAGGUGCACGACCACGUCGUCGACCUGCCCAAGAAGGCGCUGCAGAACAUCGAACAAGAUUUAGCAGGCGUUUUACCAGAAUGUAACAUGAAAUGUGACUCUGAACCUUGCAAGAACGGAGGCAUCUGCACCGAAGACUUCACGAAUCAAGAAAGCAGCUGUGACUGUGAACUCACGAGCUACUUCGGGGAAUACUGUAUGGAAGAGAAGGGGGCCGAUUUUAAUGGAGAGAGCAUUUUACAAAGGAAAUUUGUUUUGGCCGGACCAAUAAAUACGGUAAAAAUUAAACUAGCAUUUUCAAGUAACGAUCUCCGGCAGAAAAACACCGUCCUCCUGUUAGUACAAACAGAGAACAAGCGCAGUUAUUACUUGCUAGUUGCGAUCACUCAAGAUGGUUAUUUGAAAUUCGAAGAAGAUAGGGAAGAGGCUGCCUAUGGAGCCGAAUUUAAGAAUAGGAAUUUUCUUAACGGGGCACGUCACACAGUUUACUAUACAAGAAUAGGACAGGAAGCGAAACUUUUAAUCGACAGAAUAGAUGUGCCAUUAGAGAAGCUUCCGCCGCAAGGACUCUGGGAAGUGUUAGACGUCGGCUCUAAUGAGGUGCAGAUUGGUGGCCUAAACACCACCGACCCGAGACUUAAGAUAUAUAAAGGAUACAAUGGAUGUUUGUCUAACAUCCUCGUGGAGAUCAACGCGCACGCCAUGAGUCCGCUGGAGGAGUACAUGCUGUUCACGCAGUCGGGCUCGGAGAAGGUGAACGCCGUGAACGCGCAGGGCGUGCGCAGCGCGCAGUGUUCCGCCGACUUCGACGAGGCGUGGCCGCGCCGCGAUCGCCUCACCGCGCACCACGCGCACAACGGCUCGUUUCUCGUCAGUGUUGACAAGACAUGGGUAGAAGAUCCCCCGUCGAGGAUCCCGUACGACUCUCUACACCAGCAACCUGACGCUGAAGAGGAGAACACUGACAAGUUCUUUAUAGCACUCAUUGUUAUAUUUCUACUUGGAUUGUGCUAUACUGCCUCUCAUAUGUGGCGAACACACAAAGCGUACAAACUGAGACUAGAAAAAGAAACAGAUGAAAAUAUUAUGAGAAACAAGGAGAAAGCUACGAAACUACAAGAGCCUUCUGUUUCGUUUUUACAAGUCAACAAAGAAAGCGAAGAAAACAAGGAAGGUGAAAAGAAAUCAAACGGUGUUGUUAUAGACGUUGUCCCUACAGUAAUUAUAGAAGUAAAUGAAGAAAAACCGGUCAGCAGACGAGGAUCACUUAGGUUUAGAGAUAUGGUGGAUAAGGAUAUAGCGUGGGAGCCGUUAGAAGAAAAAGAUGAAACACUUGAAAACGAGGAAGAAGAGGAUGAAGAAGUUGAAAAAGAGCGUUCAUCAUCAGAUGAAGAAACUGAUGAUGAACAGGAAACUGACAAUGAACAUCAAAGUGAUGAUGAACAUGAAACUGAUGACGAUGACUGCACGAAUUCUCUCGAGAACAAGCCGGCGACCGAACCAAAUUCAAUACAACGGAAAUUAUCAACAUACAAAGAAGAAGAAAAUCCAGUGGAAUUGACAUCUAGUGCAUAAUUAUAAAUAAAUAAUUUUAUUUUCAAUA